AGCCCUCGACGUGCGUUACGUACAGGAAGUAGCAUCUGUUCGUGCAGGAGAGCAGGGUAAACGUCAUUGUGUUAUUUUGGGCUCCAUCCUGCUGCAGAAUGAGUGAUGGACAAUCCCGGCGUCUCCAAAGUGGUCCUGCUGGCCUGCGGCUCCUUCAACCCCAUCACCAACAUGCACAUGAGGAUGUUUGAGCUGGCCCGCGAUCAUCUGGAAGACACAGGUCAGUACAGCGUAACAAAAGGAAUCAUCUCGCCAGUGGGCGAUGGCUAUAAAAAGAAGGGUUUGGUCGAGGCCUGUCACCGGGUGGAGAUGGCCAGACUGGCCACAGAAAGCUCAGGAUGGAUCACAGUAGACUCCUGGGAAAGUCAGCAGUCAGAGUGGGUGGAGACGGUUAAAGUAGUUCGGCAUCACCAGGAGGAGCUGCUUGCUGCAGAACACAACAAGGACGACGUGGACACGGUCAAGUGUGCAAAGAAGAGACGCAUAGAGGAGAACUCCUUUGAGAGUUCAGAUCAUCACAGAAAAUUAGACGGGCCUCGGCUGAUGCUGCUCUGUGGGGCCGACGUCCUGGAAUCCUUCGGCGUUCCCAAUCUGUGGAAGCAGGAGGACAUCGCCGAGCUCGCGGGACGCUACGGGGUGGUCUGCGUCACCCGCAGCGGCAGCGACCCCUACAAGUUCAUCAACCAGUCGGACGAGCUGUGGCGCCACCGAAAGAACAUCCACGUCGUCCACGAAUGGGUGACCAACGAGAUCUCCGCCACCCACGUCCGCCGGUCGCUGCGUCGAGGCCGAAGCGUCAGAUACCUGCUGCCCGACGCCGUCAUCCGCUACAUUCAGGAGCACAGCCUGUACAGCGCCGAGAGCGAGCAGAAGAACGCCGAUGUGAUUCUCGCACCCUUUCAGAAAUACUGCGACGCCUCCACGAGCUGAUGAAGUUUUUAAACUGUGCCGCCAUGUUUACAAGAAAACAGAAAACCGGUUUGCUGUGGGUUUUAAACCCAUCGAGCUGUUGAUUGAUGCUCUCCGUUCUUCCUGAUGAGUUUCUUGGGGAAAUUGUCCAACUUCGCUGGCUGAAAGAAUUCACGUUGAUUUUUGCACGAGUCAAAUAAACAAAGUAUUCGAAACAAAGUAUUCAACUACAAACACUAGGUUUAAAGAUUUUGUAUUUUUUACAAAAAGCCUUUGGAUAAUUUUUUUAUUGAAUAAAACUAUAUUUGAAACUGAGACAACUUUA